CCGGGAGCAGCGAGCCAAACCGGAGCGCGCGAGUGAUCUUGCUGGAGCCCGUCUAGCCGGCUCGCUCGGGGCGGCGCCGCCCAUCAGAGACCCGCGCUCCGGCGUCUCUCGUCGCGCCGGUUAUAUAGCACAGGCAUCACCACUUUCCAUUCCAGGGUUGGUUUUCAAAGGUCUGGAUACUCGCAAAGAAGAAGAAGUGAGAUUUCGUUGCCUGGAGUUUUAAUGAUGGCCGCGACAAACGGGCUUGUCCAUGCCUCUACCACUAAACCCCUGUUUACCUUUGGCGUCGUUGCUGACGUCCAGUAUGCCGACAUCCCAGACGGGCGCUCAUUCCUCGGCGUCCCACGCUACUACCGCCACAGCAUUAGUGUCCUCCAAAGGGCUGUCAGCACAUGGAACAAACAGGGCAAUAUCAAAUUUUCGAUCAACUUUGGCGACAUCGUUGACGGGUUCUGCCCAAAGGACAAGUCGUUGUGGGCGGUGCAGAAGGUCCUUGAUGAGUUUGACAAGUUCGAUGGCCCGACCUACCACAUGUUCGGGAACCAUUGCCUCUACAACCUUCCUCGGAGCAAGCUAGUGUCUUUGCUAAAGAUGCCGACGAGUUCAGAUCGUGCGUACUACGACUUCUCACCGUGUCCUGAGUAUAGGUUUGUUGUUCUGGAUGCUUAUGACUUCAGCGUGCUUGGCUGGCCUCGCGACCAUCCAGUGACUGCAGCGGCAAGGAAGCUCCUGGAUGAAAAAAAUCCAAACACCGAUAAGAACAGCCCUGAGGGUCUGGUGGGCCUGGACAGGCGGUUCGUGAUGUUUAAUGGUGCAGUUGGAAAGGAGCAGUUGUCCUGGCUCAAUGAUGUCCUACAGAAUGCAGCAGAGCACCAGCAGAAUGUCGUAUUAUGCAGUCAUCUCCCAAUGUACCCUGGAGCGGCAUCCCCGGUAGGUCUCAUGUGGAAUUAUGAUGAGGUGAUGGCCAUUGUUCGUCAGUACAACUGUGUCAAAGCCUGCUUUGCUGGACACGACCACAAGGGUGGCCACUCUGUUGACUCCUAUGGUGUGCACCAUCGCACUCUUGAGGCUGCGUUGGAGUGUCCUCCUGGCACCAGUGCAUUUGGGCAUAUCGAAGCAUAUCAUAACAAGCUGUUGCUCGUAGGCUCUGAUGGAAUGGCUGAUACUGAAAUGUGUUUUCAGUUCCCUGAGCGAGCUUUGUUGUAGAUUAAAACAUGUUGUCUGGCGACGUUAUUGCUUGUAAUUAACAUUGAUACUGGUGGAGAAAAUAAUAAAAUUUCUCUAAUGCUUGCUUCCCCUUUGGGAACUGCCGAAUGGAGCAUAUAAUUA